AUGUAUAAAACUCGUCUAAUUUUGUUCACUAUUCUUGGUCUGGCUCUAUUAGCCAUAAUAUGUACAAUAGUGGGAAUAGCAACACCGUCAUGGAUAACGAUAAAUAGUGGUUCAUUCAUCAGUAAUCGAAUAGGUCUAUUUAAACAGUGUACAGAUAUCGGUACGUUUCCUGGAAUAGAAUCAUUUAAUGUUACACCAGGUUGUACGAAUAAAACACAAUCUACGCCAGUUGCUCUAGCUAUUAUUGGUCUAUUAUGCAUAUUUUUCGCAUUUAUUAUUACAUUGGCUACUUUGUUUAUGAAAAAUCUUUCACCCAUCGUUAGUAUUGUACCAGCGACUCUAUUUCUGUUAGCAGCUAUCUUUAUUAUGUGUUCAAUUGUCAUUUAUUGGCCAUAUACAAUCGAUAAAGAAUUAAUAACUCCACUGCAUGAUUUAGUGUUACAAAAUGGUGAAUUGCUUAAGAAUUCUUCAGGACAAAUUGAUACUGGUUUAAUAUUGUCAAAUAAUUCUAAUUUUUCAAGUUUUUCUCCCACAAUUUUUAAUGAACUUCGUCAGCUUUCAAUACAAAAUGGUUAUAGUUAUCAUUUGAUGAUUGUAGCACAGGUACUUUUGUAUGUUAGCGCUGUGUUAAUGGCUUUUACUGCUAGUGCAAUAAAAGCCAUUAACUAA